UCCAUUGGCAUUCAUAGGCCCUGCAUUUUACGCUCAUGAAUAACCAAAACGUAUGUAAUUAUCUACAGCUUCACUCUUUAUAUAAAUAUGUAUUCGUGUUAGAUGGGACGGGGCGGGUAAGAGAUGGGACGGGGAAGAGAGGCGUUGGUGGCAUGCAGUGAUAGGAACAUGGGGACAGGAAUGGUAAUUUGGGAUUUAGAAAGUGGAGACCGUGUAAUGAAUUUACCAACUUGUGGUUCUCCUUCUCAUGGUUUGCUGUGCUUGAACGAUCAGUUUCUUGUAGCUUCUCAGGUUAAUAAGCAUGGAUCGGUCGGUGGUGGUGCUAUUUUUACUUGGCCAUUGAUCAAGCCUCAAUCACCAAUUCGAAGCUAUCCAAUUGAAGCUAUCGGCCCGAUUGCUUGUACCAUGGAUGGAGUGUAUCUUGCAGGCGGCUCUCCUUCUGGAAAUGCUUAUAUAUGGGAGGUUGCAAAUGGUAGAUUACUCAAGACAUGGCGCGCCCAUCAUUCGUCUAUAAAGUGCAUGGUAUUUUCUAAUGACGAGUCUCUUCUUGUUUCUGGCUCAGAUGAUGGCAUGAUCUGUGUAUGGUCUAUGCUUAGUCUAUUAGAUACUGAGAAUCCCGGAAGCUCGUCUUCAUUGCUACACUAUUCAUUAGAGCAUAAGUCGUCCGUAAGUGGUCUGGUAAUAAUAUCAACUAGUUCAAACUCGACGUUUAUAUCAAGCUCUCUUGAUGCCACGUGCAAGGCGUGGAACUUGGUCUCAGGUAGUCUUAUACAAACUCAGGAAUAUCCACUAGCAAUUACUGCAAUCGACCUUCAUCCAGCAGAGCAGUUCCUGUUUGCCGGAAGUAUUGAUGGAAGAAUCUUUGUUAGCAUGCUUAACGUUGGACUAGUGGACGAUCCCUUAGUUAUUGAUGAAGCUCAACCGGUUGUGCUAGAAGGACACAAAGGAUCAAUAACGGCAUUGACCUUCUGUACAUUGGGUCUGAUAUCAGCAUCCGAAGAUUGUACUAUCUGCCUCUGGGAUGCUAUUACUUGGAUGGCUAUACGAAGAUUUAACUACCGAAAAGGGGCAGUAACUAAUGUUGUAGUGGUUCCGUACUUUUCUCUGCUUCCUUCAUCAAAUUAUCAGAGAGUUCUGAAUCAGUUCCGCUUUUCUUCAUUGGAUAAGUGUCCUCAGCCAGCCAACUCUUCCAACGGAACAACCAUUAUCCUUCGCCAAUGUUCUCCCUUCAAGGAUGAUCAAAAUUCUCUCAGUUUCGGAACCAUUUCCAUGGACCGGCACAUAAAUGAGAUGGAGGAAGGAUACACACCUGCAGCCUUGCAAAUGAAAGUAGAAACAAACAUAGACCACCGGAUAUGGGCUGCAAGCAUGACGAGACAUGUCAUGGAAAUGAACAAGCAUUUGCAAUCCCGUUUGCUAGAUUUAAUGCAGAUUCGAUUACUACGUGAUACUGAAGAUGAUGACGCAAACACUACAAGAAAGAACAAGAGAGUUAAAAUUGAAACUCCACUUGAGGAAGAAAAGCCAUUGCAGGCUCGGAACUGAAGAAAACUGUUAUUUGAAAUGAUAUUUGGAGGCCUUUCGCAUCGUAUGAUAUACAACAGUUAUCCGAAAUUUCUUCAUGCCUCUAAAUGUUAAAAUUCUACAUUUAUAACAUCUAAAAAAAUUCACCUGAUUUUCCAUUUCUGCAUUAUUAUUUUGGUGCUA